AUGGGACUGGAAGCUGUACCGUGUGUACUUCGUAGUGCAACCAAUGGUGGCAAUAGUUCAUCUUAUUGUACUAUUGGCUUUCUUAUUCGACCAUCAACCUCAUCGACCGGUAAUGCUACCGGUCAAACGAUUUCAAAUGCAUCAGUAAAUAGUACAGCUUCAGUAGCGGUACCAUCAGGUAGUAUUCCAAAAUCCUUGCAUGUGGUACCUGCAACUAUUCAGAAGCAAUCAGCUACUCUUUCAACAGCCGCACCAAAACUGGUAGUUCCAAGCGUUCUACGAAUACAGCCAACACCUUGUACCUCGGCACAUUUGGCACCACCAGCUCCGCAAUCAGUGCAUCAUCCAGCACCUCCAAAACCACCACCACCACCACCUAUACAACAUCAUCAUCUUCAGCAGCAGCAACAGCAACCGCAACAUUGUGGUACUGAUGGCUGGUUACACGCGGCACCACGCUCGAAUGUUAGUAGCGGUUCCUUCGAGUCACCAUCGCCUUCACAGGUUGUACCACAAAUGAACGUAAAUGAAUCAUAUGAUUGUCAAAUGCCGUGUACAAGCACUACUUCGUUUUUUCCACCCAUUUCUUCCAUAACACAAAGCUUUUCAUCCGGCAAAUCGGAUAUUGAUUUGCUUCAGGAAAUGGCACAUCAUGUUGAUUUGAAUCCUCCAAUUAUGCAUCAACAACAAUCACAGCUUAUAACUGAUAAAACAGUAAUGAUAACUUCUAAUCAUUAUGCACAGCAGCAUAACAUGACACCUCCUCCACCACCACAGCAGCAUCAGUAUCAUAAUAGUUCUCCGGCGAUGAUGCACAUUCAAGAUUCUUCGACAUGUACACCGGUGCAGUCUAACUUUCAAACACAUAUGCAGGUUGAUUUAAAUGGUGGAAUGUCAUCUUGUCAUUAUCAACAUAGUUACAAUGUUGUCGCGGAUUGUUCUCCUACGGCGGAUAGUGGAAUUCAAAGUAUUGCCGAUUCGCCACCAGCCGAUCCGUUUACUCCACCUACGCCGUACAUUCCUCCUCCUCCUCCGAUAACUGCUAUAGUGAAUAAAAGUAAGGAAUCAACAACAGAUUCAACGAAUUAUUCCGAUGAUUAUUCCGACAUGCCACGUUUAAUACCAUUCCAUCAAAUGGAAGCGGAAAGUGGCUCACCAUUAACAGAAGAGCCACCGCUAUUUAUGACAAAAACACCAUCAUCUGAUAGUGAUAUCCAGAAGACUACUGAAGUGGAUGCAUUACUGGAAGAUGUGGAAAAAAGUUCCGAGCAGAAUCAUGAAGCUAAAGCUGAGUCUCAGGAAAAUACAAAGAAAGAAUCAGAUGAUGACAUCACGAAAAUAGCAAUUACUCCAGCUAUGAAUGUUACAGAUUUGGUGGAACAGCUAAUGUCACAUAUGGAUGCGCAACAACGCAAGCAAUUUGCUAGUGCCAUCCAAUCAAAAGUUGCUACUGAUGAUAGCACUGUAGUUGACAGUAGUACUGUUAGCACUACUGCUACUAUCACUAAUAAUCUUGAUAACAGUAGUACAGUGAUCACAACUGCCGAUACUGUUACUUCUGUCACAGUAGUUCCUACUACAAAGAUUACCACUACUAUUAAUGUUACUACUACCGGUGACAAUGAAUUAAUGGAAAUUAAAGAAUCGGAAAAUGAAGUUGCAGUGCAAACCGAAUUUGUUGCCGUAUCAAAAGCACGACUAUGUGAGGAUGAGAGUAUUGAAGAUAAAAUUCCAGAACAUAGAAGCGGGUUCUCAGAGAGAAAGCGAAAGACUCGAAAACGUAAAGUAGAAGAGUGUAGAGAAUCGGUUUCCGAGAAGCCAGCACGGAAGAUGAAACGGCGAGAAGUGAGGCAGAGAUCAAAUAAUAUUGUCAUAGGGUGUUCGAAUGUUACUGAAUUAGUUUCCGGUGAAAAGACAAAUAUAAAUAGUUUGAAAAGACGAAUUCAAAUACCUUUAUCAUCCAAAAAUUUGAAAGCUGAACUGCAAACAGAAGAAAGGAAGUGCAAAGGGCGAAAGAAACAGGAAGGGAGAAAGAAGUUUGUAGCUGAGAAGAAGUUUCCUACUAGUAAAUUAGAGAAAAAAGUAAUUGAUGAAGAAGUUCGUGAAGGAUGUCAGGAAUUUACUGGGAAUGUCACUACUGGAGAGCCGAAUACGCAUUUAGAAUGCUCGAAUGAGAAUAUGGUGGAUCAGAUUAAAGAGUUUCGUUUGGAUAUGAAGCGUAAAAUAAAUGAACAACUGAAAAUCGUCAUUGAACAAAUUAGCAGACAAUUUGCCAAUUUGGAACUGAAUCUAGGUGAUAGAAAGCACUGGGAUUUGCCGUGGUAUCGUUUGAAUUGGAAAGAAGUUACUCGAAGGUUAGUUGAAAGAAAUCGACUUGAGAAAUCAAAACGAGAAAAAAACUCUUGGAAAACUUGCCGUAUUGGAGAUAAAAAGUUACCGAAAUCACGAAAGAGUGAUUCUUUUGUUACGAGUGCUACUCCAUCAUCUUCAAAAGUAUGUGAAAGAAGUCGUCGUUCAUCUGGUGAUUACAUCAAGUUGAAGCAAAAUGUGAUCGUUGAUGCUUAUCCAAAAAUUGAACAGAUGCAAUGCUCUUGUUCCUCUGGAUGUUGCGGUGAAAGUGAUGAAUGUUUGAAUAGGGUAGUAUUGAUGGAAUGUGGUAAUAGCUGUCCACGUAAUGCCCUCUGUACUAAUAAACGAUUAUUUCGGCGUGAAUGUGUUGAACGUUUGCGAACUUUUCAAACGAUGAAUGGCUGUGGUAUUGGUGUGAAAACGGAUGUUAAUAUUGAUAAAGGACAAUUCAUAUGUGAAUAUAUCGGUGAAGUUGUUUCAAUGGAAACGUUUAAUAUUCGAAGUCGUACUGAUUAUCGUUAUCAAAAGAAUCAUUACGCAUUAAACCUUUGUCCUGGUUUUGUUGUUGAUGCCUAUCAUAAAGGAAAUAUUGCACGAUUCAUUAAUCAUUCAUGUGCUCCAAACUGUGAAAUGCAGCGUUGGUCUGUUAAUGGCCAUUAUCGAAUUGGCUUAUUUGCUCUGCGUAGUAUUCAUGAAGGUGAAGAGCUUACGUAUGAUUAUAACUGGGAUGCGUUUGAGUUUGAUGAUGUAACGAUUUGUUGUUGUGGUGCGCCAAAUUGUCGACAUUUUCUCAAUAAAAAUGUUAUAAUGAAUAAUCGAGAGAAGGAAUUAGUACGUAAAGCACGUUUGCUUCUACUGCGAAAUGUACGAAAAUCGGCAGCAUUUAAACUGAAAAAAUUUAGAGAAGAAUCUCGAUCCCGAAGCCGAAGCAGGACCUCAAAAACAUCUUUGACUAUUCCUGCAGCGAGUAACAGCGAUGAACAGCUGGAACAGCUUUGUCAAGAAGUACUCAUGAAGUUUAAUGAUUCUAAAUUAGCAUCCAAAAAGGAACUCAAGAAAUUGUCGAGCUUUAUCACUGAACUUCGUGAGAAGCAUGCUUCUACAAGGACAGCCUUGGAAAUGCUGGAAUCCAUCGAAAUAAAAAUUAAUAGUUUGCUUGGUUUAUCUGGCAGAUCUUUGGAUCGGCGGAAGCUAGAUAUUUGGCGCGCAAGCUUUGCUUUGAUAAAAGCAAAACAUUCGCGUCAAGUGAGAAAAUUUAGCAAAAAUGAUCAACAGCAUUAUCAAAGCCCAAAAAAAUCUAAAACUGGACCUCAUCGAACCUUGACAGCAGCAAUUGAUUACAGAUACCUCGAUUCUCCGAUUCCGGUUGGUUCUUACGAUCAUGAUAGUUUUUCGUAUCUUGGCGUAGCUGAUGCUAAUACCGAUUGUGUGCGUUGCAUAUGUGGUACUACAGAUGAUGAUGGACCUAUGAUACAGUGUGAAAAGUGUAAUUUUUGGCUUCACGAAGAAUGUGUUUUCGAUGAAAAACCUCUUGAUGAAGUUAAAGAUUUCAUUUGUAUCAUUUGCGUCCGAAAUGUUCAACGCACGUCAACGGCAUCAAUUCCGUUACGUAUUCAGCCUGAUUAUAAUUUCAAGAACUGUACUUAUUAUCGGACAUUGGUGAAUUCACGGCAUUUGCAAGUGCGUCUCAGCGAAACGGUGUAUGUACAAAAACUUGAAAACGACAAUCAUAAAUUGAUACUGCGUCGACUUGUUGAAUGCACGAAACAGAGUAUUCCUGUGACAGCUUUAACUCCUGCUGAACUAGAAGAUACUGAUAAAAAAUUCUGUCCAGUAUCAUUUCAUCGUAAAAAUGUUAGAUGCUUCCGGAUUGAGCGUCUUUUUUCAUUCGAAGGGCAUAAAUUCGUUUUUGGUUUUUAUUACGCACGGCCACAUGAGGUUUAUUGUGAACCGGGAAAAUUAUUUCACGAAAAAGAGCUUUUUGCCACCAGUAUGUAUGAUACACUUCCACUUGAUGCUGUUGUUGGACGUUGUUUAGCUCUGGAAUCAAAUAUUUAUUGUCUUGGAAGGCCAAAAUUACCUUAUUAUGAAGAAGUGGAUGUGUAUUUUGUAGAAUACCAAACAGGUAAAAAUUCGAAAUUCGAGAAAAUUCCUGCGAAAAAUCAAUACUAUAUUAAUACCGAUCCACUCAUUUUUUCAUACUUCAAACAAAAAUUGACCAUUUCCAGAACAUUUACGCCUUUUGUAAUGGAACAAGAUAUGAAGAAUUUUUCUCGUUUUAAUGCUGCGGGACAUAAUAAUUCUGCAGUCGAUAAAAGACGGCAACGAAUAGCUAAUUUAGAAGUAGUUCUACAACAUUUGCCGAUAGCGGGCAAAAAUCGAGAACCACUAAAAGCUAUAAGUUGUUCAUCUGAUAAAUUAUCAAGGCAGAAGCGAUUACGCCAAUUGUGUAACUGA